GGACGACGAAGCGAUUAUAGCGUUAAAAGCGACCAGGGAGGUGGUAGGGUAAUGCGGGGAUCUUAUUGCGUCUUCUUAGUGUAGUGUACAUAUCUUCUCUCUGUUUUGUCUUUGUCUGCGUUUCUUUCCAUCGUUUCUUUCUAUAGUAUUUAGUAUAGGACCAAUCGCCAAAAUGGAGAACCUUCCCACCACUUACGAUGGUCCCGUCCACAUCGCCGUCAUCGGCGGUACCGGCCUCUCCAAGCUCGAGGGCUACGUCCCCGUUGCCGCCCUUAACCCCACCACUCCCUGGGGCUCUCCCUCCUCUCCCCUCAUGAUCUUCGAGCACAAUGGACACGCCGUCGCCUUCCUCGCUCGUCACGGUCUCUACCACCAGCUGGCUCCCCACGAGGUUCCCGCGCGCGCCAACAUCGCCGCCCUGCGCUCCAUCGGCGUGCGCACCAUCAUCGCCUUCAGUGCCGUCGGCUCUUUGAGAGAAGAGAUCAAGCCCAUGGAUUUCGUCAUCCCCGACCAGAUCAUCGACCGGACCAAGGGCAUCCGCCCCUUCACCUUCUACGAGGGCGGCGUGGUAGGCCACGUUGGCUUCGCCGAUCCUUUCGACGCCGGCUUGGCGCAGGUUGUCGAGAAGUGCGCGUCUGCGAUGAAGGGUGACGGUGUCGUGCUGCACAACAAGGGAACCAUCAUCUGCAUGGAGGGACCCGCGUUCAGCACCCGCGCCGAGAGCCACAUGUAUCGCUCGUGGGGCGGUAGCGUCAUCAACAUGUCCGCGCUCCCCGAGGCCAAGCUUGCCAGAGAGGCCGAGUUGGCCUAUCAGAUGAUUUGCAUGGCGACCGAUUACGACUGCUGGCGCGACGAGGCGGGCGAGGAUGUGGAUGUCGCCAUGGUCAUGAAGUACAUGGCUGCCAACGGCGAGAAUGCCAAGCACCUCGUGGGUGCGGUGCUGGAUGAGCUGCUUAAGCAGGAUAACAGCGAUUUGGUCCUGGCCAAGAAGUGGCAGGGUAGUGCCCAGGGCGCGGUCAAGUUUAUGACCAAGCCCGAGGGCCGUGAUCCGGAGGCUAUGAAGAGGGUUGAGUUCCUCUUCCCUGGGUUUUGGGAGCAGAACUAAGUGUGUGAUGUGGGUUUUGAAGGUGGCAAGGUGGGGGGGGAAAGGCACAAGACUUUCAUGAGAUAUUUGCCAUGAUAGGGAUGGGACAUGAAUUGGGCUAUAGACAUGGGAGGGCUUUUCAGGAUUGGGAAAAACGCGCGUGGACUUAGCGUUGUGUAAUAGAUAGCGGCAUAGAUAUCCUUUGGUUGAUAUAUUAUAACGAACCUUACGUUCCCACCC